AUGUCCGCGGCUAGCGAGUUCCCCUCGUCUUUCGUGCAGCCUUGGCGAGAGCUGCUCGAGGCUCACCACGACCAGCAACAACAUGACUUCCCCAACCACCACGUCAACGACAUCGACUCGCUCAUCACCACGAGUCUCCCCAGGGCUCUGUAUGUAGGGACCGGCCAUUCCAUCUACACUCGCGCUCUGCUGCCCGCAAUCCUCACCGCCAAACACUCCGUCCAGUUCAUCACCUGCUACUGGGCCGCGUCCCCAUCCUUGGAUUCCAUCCGCGCGACGCUUCUGCAGCUUGCGGCGACGCGCGCCCAGGCCAACUCCGCGUCUCCCCUUCGCAUCUCCAUUGGGUUUUCGUCUCACGGUCUCUUUCAGAAGCUGUUCCACACGUCAUCUCGGAAUGGAUACGUCUAUCCUGCGUCGCGAUGGUCUGAGCUGGGUCUCCCAGAUGAAGACGUGCUGGUUAAAGCUGGCAUUGAGCUAACAGUCAAGAGUAUCUUCUUCACCCCGUUCAGUGUCAUGCACCCCAAGUUCGUCAUUGCCGAUGGCGCCAAGGCCUGGGUUCCCAGCUGCAAUGUGAGCUGGGAGAAGUGGUUCGAAGGAUGCAUCGCGGUCGAAGGCGACAUUGUGAAGCAGCUGGUCGCCUUCCAUGAGCGAGUCUGGGGCUCUGGAAACGAUUCGGAUUCGGCCCAUGGCCUUCAAGCGACGGACAACUCGGAAAUUUAUGCUCUCGCUGAGGGCAAUCACGCACUGCAUCCUUCAACAAGUGAAUCUCCCAUCAACAAUGGUGACGACACUUCAGCAACUCAGUCCAUCACCUUCCACAGCGAGGAACCCGCCCCCACAAUCUUUCUUCCAUCUUCGCAUCAUCGCAACCCCAGAUUCUCAUUCUUCCCCUUCCUCUCGCAGACCAACCCACCCAUGACACCUCUCAACGCAGCAUUGCUUACCCUCUUCGCUAAUGCGCGACAACAAAUUACCAUUCUCACUCCCAACGUGACCUCGUGGCCGGUAGUCGAGGCUCUCCUAGAUGCGCUUGCUCGUGGCGUGGACGUCCAGAUCCGAACAAGUAAAGGCAUGAUGCUCAUCGAGCAGCUCGUCACUGCGGGCACCACCACGGCUUGGUGUCUGCGUCGGUUUGUUCAGAGAUACCAGGCCCUCUUGCAACAGCCACGGCCGGCGGACCCAGAAUCCCAACAGGUCCAACCUGGCAACCUCGAAAUUCUCUACUACAAGCAUUUGGACACCAGGUCCGACAUGGAAGAUGAACCCGUCGUGAGCCAUUUCAAGAUGACGUUGGUGGAUGAUGAGUAUCUCGUACUGGGCUCCGGAAACAUGGACAGAGCGAGUUGGUGGACAAGCCAGGAGCUUGGUUUAUUGUUCUAUCUGCCCGGGUUUCAAGGCCAGAGACUAUGGGAAGGGGUGCUUGAGAAGCGCACCGAAGUGUACUUCCGAUCAGCAGAAAAGCGCAGAUGA